GAUACAUCCAGUUGCUUGCGGCAAGCCCCGCCAUUGCGCCAGUGCAGUAGCGCAGCGUGAAUCAGGUUGUGUUAAGGACGCAUGUUGGAGCGCAGCGUGAAUCAGGUUGUGUUAGCCAUUUUGGCUCAAGGCGGCGAGCUGGCGGCGCCUCCCCCCCCGGCGUGGGCCCCCCCGGUUUGUACCCCCUUGAAUUCCCGAACCCUCUUACCAUUAUCCGUGCUUGCGAUAGCGGGUAAACCGAGACAUCUCCGGUUCCUGCUUGCGCAAUCACAGCCAUGGCCAGCGCUGCCGACGACAGCAGGCAGGAUCAUGGACGACAGGGCAGGCUGUGGCAGCGGUUGGAGGAGACGGAGAGGAGUGAAGGGAUGGGAGCGCGGUUGAAAGGGCGGGUUCAGGCCGCUGUGAGGCAGGUCAGCGAGAACCUCAGCAUGCCCCGGGGUCCUCUGACCGGGUCUACGCCACCUCCCAAGAGUCGCAAAAAGGAGGAGGACGACAUGGACGACGUGGGUCCCGAAAUGAACAAGCUGGCAGGCGUCCUUACACGAAGGCUUGGGGACAUGAUCGCGGAGAAGUUUGAGGAACGCGACCUGAGGCUCCGGGUGGUGGAGGAGAAGGUCGAAGGGGUGGCCAAGGCCACCGACGAGGCCAUCGGCAGCUUGGAGGACAAGUUCGAGGCCUUGCACAAGGAGGUGGAGGAGAGGGCCGACGCGUUCUCCUUGGAGCCGGAUGCGCGGAGCGUGCGGCUGCUCCCGAAGCCCGCGGAGCCGCCCUCCCUCCUGCAGGUUCCCGCAGCGGCGGACGAGCACUGCAAGACCAUGAUGCAGCUUGGCAUCGCGUACAGCAUGUGAGUCCAUGCGGCUGCACGCAAGGAGAGGUGGUAAGGAUAGGUGUGUAUAUAUAUAUAUAUAUGUUCGUGGCGUAUGUACGAUGGUGCCGCUCACUUUUGGUAACGGAUCAUUUGCAUCUAGAGGGCAUUUCGCCCAGAAUAGUUUCACGGGCGCUUGCCCCACAAUACAUUUCUUCAACCACGGCGUCGUCGCCUGCAAUGCCCGAAUCCUGCAUAAUUCGACAUACUUGCAGUCGUGAUAGUAAGUGUCUUGGUCACGUGGGCGUUCAGGCCGAACUAUACGCAAUAUGCCAUCGUUCUGUCUGCAGACGGCCACCCUGGCCACACCCAACGAUGCUACAGUGUCGUCGACGUUCCGCGCGUGAGCAGUUUACGUAUACAUGCGGCACGAAUGUAUCACAAGCGGUUGCGGUGUGGAAUUGCGGGCUCGCCAGCGCAACGGCUCCGUUUGAAGUGCUUGGAGCACAGUUCUUGUCUAGCGCCACCAGUUCCUCUCUCAUUUCCGUUUCCUGUCCUUCGUUCCCCGAUCGUGUUACAUUCUCUCCGUUCCAUCUACAAGUUGGCUAAUGAGCUUUGUUCUGCCAAUGCUCCACGCUUCCAGUCCACAGCGGCUGGUCAAUUCGAAAUGCUCUCGGCUGGUUGUUGGAUGGGAAUGGGGGGGA